CCCCUCCUCCGGAACGAGCUCCGGAGUUGACCGUUGGGAUUUUCCCGGCUAUAUAUAAAUAAUCUACUACACCUAUACGUCUUCAUCUUUGGAGAGCAUCGUAUCGCUCAGCAAGCAAGCCAGAGAGGGGUCAACUACUAGGGCAACUUGGCAAGCUAGUAGCAGCACAGAGACAGACAGAGGGGAUCAAUCGGUCUAUACUCUACAACUGGUUUUCCCUCCUGAGGACAGCCCAAUCUACAGCUCGGAGAUCUCGUGGCUUUAGGUAAAAAGACCAUCAUAUCCGGUAGACGACGGCAUAUCUUACCAUCCCAUUACCGCAGCUCGGCUCAAAGGUUUAGGAUCAAGAUCGUUCGGGUCUGUUAAUUUUCGUGGCACAUCAGCUAGCUAUCAUGACGGGUGACGAGGAACUGAACCCAUCCAAAUUGGGCACCAAGGCUCAUUGGGAUCAAGUUUAUGAACGUGAAGUCAGAGUAUUCAACGAUGUCGGUGACGAAGGCGAGGUCUGGUUUGGCGAAAGCAGCAUCAAAAAGAUGCGCGAUUGGGUAUCGACCCACGUUUCCUCGAACCCAUCCCCACCGACUCGGAUUCUAGAAUGCGGAUCAGGCAAUGGCACUCUGCUGCUGUCUUUUCUGACUUCGAAGUCGGGCUCGGCUCAAGACUAUCACUUGACCGGGAUAGACUACUCGCCAGGUGCUAUAGAGCUCGCCAGAGCGGUCGAAAAGUCUAGGAGAAUAGCGCUGAAAAAUGGCUCGUACGAGUCUGCAGAAGGGUCAGAAGAUGAGGAUGUCGAGCGAGAAGGACCAGGCAAUGGGCCUUCCGAUUCCAAUGGCACGACAACAACCAGGGUCAUCAACCACGUCUUACCUGUCGACUGGAGAGUCGGAGAUCUCUUGACGGAUACAAUGGACGAAACUUGGGAUCUGGUCCUGGACAAAGGGACCUUUGACGCUUUAUGCCUGUCCAAUACACCUGUCAAAGGGACAGAGGGAAAACUGCCCAGUCAAGUGUAUCCUGAAAAGGUCUCUCAGCUGGUGAAAGAGGGAGGAUACUUCCUCAUCACCUCAUGCAACUUCACAGAGGAGGAGAUCAAGCGGAGGUGGACUAAGGAUGGGCUGGGAUUCAGAUUUCACUCUAGCGUCCCUCAUCCGACCUACACGUUUGGGGGCAAAAAGGGCAGCGUUGUCUGUACCGUUGCGCUCCAAAAGGUGACUCCAGCUUCCAGCGCAAACGGUUCCGCAGCCAAUGGAGUCCACGCGGUCAACGGCUCCCUCAACGGCUCCAAACCGACAGAGCUGUUCCUGUGCAUCGAUGCCGGCGGUACCAAGACGGAAGCUGCAAUAGGGUCUGAAGAGGGUGUACUGGCCCGAGCGACGGGAGGUACUGGGAACAUGGCCGAGGUCGGCGCGCAGCUUUGUUACGAAAUUAUAUCUACCGCUGUCCUGGAGGCUAUCGAGAAGCUGCCGGCCCAAUACCGUCCGAGUGUCAGCCAGAACGGAGGGUCGACCAACGUCUGCCCUGUCAAAUUCGCCGAUGUCUGGGUCGGAAUCUCUGGAUGUGAUACCCCGCUGGACCAAGAACGUAUGUCAGAGCUCUUAGGGCCAUUCUUCUCUAUCUCGGAUCUACCCAUUCUCAACGAUGCCCAUCUUCUCGGCGGUGCGCUGUUGACUCAUCAUUGUCCAUGGGGUGUCGCUGUCAUCGCCGGAACGGGAUCGAUCGUCGUUGCUCUGGAGCAAGAUAAGGAGGGUACGGUGUUACAGACUGGACGAAGAGGUGGAUUUGGAUAUCUCUUAGGAGAUGAUGGCUCGUCGUUCGAUCUUGGCCGUUGCGCCAUACGAGCAGCUGCAGACGCUUUUGAUGCUGGUGAAGAGGAUCCUCAUGGGCUCGCUGGCAAACUUGCGGAGCAUUUUGGAGUCAAUACAACCGGAGAGAUUCUCGGUAAAGUGCAUGAACUCGACCCGACGCUAUCUCCAUUGGACAGCGCCAACAUUCGAAAAUUACAAAUUUCAUCCUUGGCUCGACCUGUCAUUGAGGCCUUCAACGCAUCACCGCUUGAUCCCAUCGCUGCAUUGGCAGUGGAAGAAGCUACAAGACCACUGAUCAAGAGCAUCGUCUCGAUUGUCAAGCAGAACGAGAGGUCGACAUCAGAGCUGACCGGUGAGUGGAGAUCGCACACUCUGAAACAUGUUCCCAGCGUGUAUUCCAUACUGACUCAUUUGGUCCCCGCCCUUUAGGCCGCCCCAGGAAAUCGUCCGAAGCUGCCAUCAUGAUGGGAGGAGGAUUGAUUCGACAAGAUUCGUACCGUCGAGUCGUCCUCGAUGCUCUGGCGAAAGAAGGUAUCGUCUUCCGAGUGGAGCAGACUGUCGUCGAUGUGGCUGGAGACGGCGCUCUCGGUAUCAUGGCGAGGUGGAAAGAGAAGCACAGAAGCGCGUAGAGGGUGGAAGACCAAUGUACCUUUAGACGGGAGAGAGGAGGGGUUCACGGCAAUCUUUUGGGAUGGAUGCAUAAGGGGUU